GAGAGCGAGAGAGAGAGAGAGAGAGAGAGAGAGAGAGCAAAAGCGUCCGAGCCUCUCCGGUGUCUUUACUACUGACGUGUGCGCGCGGCUCGUGUCACGAUGAGUUCGUGCAGCAGCCGUGCGUUGACCAUCCUGUCCACAGUGUUUGGAGCAUGUGGACUGCUGCUGGUGGGUGUGGCAGUGUCUACGGACUACUGGCUGAUUAUGGUGGAGGGCAUCAUCCUCCAGCAGAACCAGAGCAUGGAGGUGAAGAUGGCCCUGCACUCAGGCCUCUGGAGAGUUUGUUUUGUGGCUGGAUCAGAAAACGGAAGAUGCGUGGCAUCUGAGUACUUCACCGAACCUGAAAUAGAGAUCACCACUGAAAACACUGCAAACAUUCUCAAGAUGGUGCGGACAGCCACUCCAUUCCCAAUGGUGUCACUGCUCUUCGUCUUCACCGCCUUCGUCAUCAGUAACAUUGGACACAUCCAACCUCAGCGCACAAUCCUGGCCUUUGUGUCCGGUAUCUUCUUCAUCUUGUCGGGCCUCAGCCUGGUGGUGGGCCUGGUGCUCUACAUCUCCAGUAUUAAUGACGAAGUGAUGAACCGACCCAGAGAGCCCGAGCAGUUCUUCAACUAUCACUAUGGCUGGUCCUUCGCCUUUGCCGCUUCAUCCUUCUUGCUCAAAGAGGGUGCUGGAGUAAUGUCAGUUUAUCUCUUCAUGAAGCGUUACGCUGAAGAAGAGAUGUACCACCCCCACCCUGCACUCUACCACCCCCGCCUGUCAGAGAGCAGCGACUACAGUGGCCAGUUCCUCCACCCAGAAUCUUCUUGGCCUCCUCCAAAACGAGGCCGCAGCACCUCCGAAGCCUCAAGCGACAUCUCUAUCCAGCUCAAUCAGACGCCGCCAGCGCCACCCAAAAGCAACCUGCAGAUGGGCGUCCAGGGUGGCAGAAUGGGAAACUCGCCCUCCGGUUCAUCUUCUGUGGGGAGCUAUCAAAUGCCUCAGCAGUCUGCUGGCUACCCCUCCAUGCACACCCUGCCCCGGUCACACUCUUCACAUAACCCGGCUCAAGCGAUUCCCAUGGCCAUGCCUCCAUCCCCUGUCCCUCCCCCUCAUUAUCACUCACACGUGCACAUGAGUGCCUCCCCCUGUUAGAAAGAGGCAGCAGUGGGAAGAAGAGACGCAGACUCCAUAAUCACUGUACAAUAAGAUGCGGGUGCACUUUUAUUCAGAGAGGACAUCAAAGUUAAAUGUGGAGCACAGAUGGCGUGUGGG